CCCAUCAGACAGGCCAGCAAAUUGAGCUCUUCUUUCGCCAAUGGGUUGGGAGAAGCAUCCAUCUGUGGCAUCAUGAAGAUUUUCAACUAUUCCAGCCGGCAGCAAAUGGGUCUCGAAUAUUUUCUGGAUUGACUGGAUCAGGUCUACCUCGAUGAUCUUUCUGUAGGAAUGAACAGGCUGCACCCAUGAAACGAGGAUGAUCGUUUAAAUUACGCAUCAGUGGACUCCACUCCCCAAUUGUCAGAAAGCAAUUCAACCUGAUGGGUCCUCUCAUCUCGUCCUGCCUGUGACACGAUGGAGCCCACUGGGUUUACGCCUUCUCCAGACGAGUCUGACCCCUCUCCGAGCCAUCAGCACCUCGAGGCCCAGCUGGACUUCUUCCACAAGCUGGGCUACUCCACGGCGCAAGUCAAAGUUGUGCUGAAGAAGUACGGCCCCGAAACAGACAGAAAUCAAGUUCUCGGAGAGCUGGUUCGGAUGAAAGCUGACCCGAGUUUCUGGCAGGAGCCCCUCACCACCUUGUCGAUACCGUUGACCCAAGAUACCAUCCCGUCCACGGAGUCCACCGGGACGUCACCGCUUGGUUCUCCAACCAGAAAGGACGGCGGCGAUGAUAAAGACGCUCUGAGGCCCAUUGUCAUCGAUGGGAGUAACGUAGCCAUGAGCCAUGGGAACAAGGAAGUGUUCUCUUGUAUGGGGAUCCAGUUGGCAGUCGAUUUUUUCUUGGAGCGAGGCCACACAGCUGUCACCGUGUUUGUUCCCUCCUGGAGGAAAGAGCAGCCAAGACCCGAUGUUCCAAUUUCAGAUCAGAAAAUCCUUGCCGAUCUGGAGAGGAAGAAGUACCUGACGUUCACGCCGUCGCGCCGCGUGGGGCACAAGCGGGUGGUCUGCAACGACGACAAGUUCAUCGUCCAGCUGGCCUUCGACACGGGCGGCGUCAUCGUGUCCAACGACGUCUACCGCGACCUGCAAGUCGACAAGCCCGAGUGGAAAAGUUGCAUCGAGGAGAGGCUGCUUAUGUACUCCUUUGUGAAUGACAAGUUCAUGGUUCCCGAUGAUCCACUUGGCCGAGACGGUCCGAACCUGGAGAAUUUCCUGCGGUGGUCCCCGAAGACACAGAAAAAACCUCCAUGUCCCUACGGAAAGAAAUGUACCUAUGGACUCAGAUGCAAAUAUCUCCACCCGGGGCGAGUCAAGCAGUCCAAUUGCUUGCUUGCUGAUGAACUUCGAGAAAAGGCAAAGGUCCCCUCUGUCAGGAGUCCCGUCCCCAGCCAAAGCCUCUCAUUAGUUGAAGAUGUGGCAAGGACAUUGACCUUGGGCCUUGAGAAAAGCCCCUUGAGGAAAGACAAAGUGAUUCACUGCUCGAAGCAGAAGGUCUCGUGUAGAAAGGGGAAGAACAGUUUGGACUUUUCUGAGCAUGGCUCUCAUAAGCAGCUAGACUCCGGCAUAGGGUCGAUAGAGAAUCAAUCAGUGGAGGGUCAACAGGCUAACUGUCAUGCGCAGUAUGGACCGCCAUCUGGUAAAUCCCACCCUAUGCCCACUUGCCAUCCUCAGAGUGCGCCAUGCCGCUGUUAUCUCCAUGACUUUGCCUCGUCGCAAAGGUUCCAAGACCAGCAUCUCUAUCACAGCCUCGGGCCAGUACAUCGGCACAGUGCUGACGUGACACCCGGGGAGUCACGCCGGCGCGCGACCUACGGGGAUGAGAGAAAAGUCACCCGGACCAAGCUCCUCGCUAUCUUCAGCGCAGACUUGGUGGACGCAGCCAUGGACAUGUUUCCACUUGUGGUGGACCCUCAGAUGUUGGCGGCGGAGAUCAUCAUGAUGCAGAGCCAAAAUAAGAUGAGAUGAGGAAGGGUUUGGCGAGAAGAUUGUCGUCAGCACAAGCUUGUGUACUUUUUGGACGAUGAUGCACCUUGAAUGCUUUGUUUGAAAAUCUGUGAAUAAUAGUGCGCGGAAGGAGGAUAUUUGGGCCUGCAAGUGCGCACGUGAAUUGUCCUCAUGUCAGACAGACUGAUUAAGGCAUACGUGUUGAAGUGUUUCGAUUCUUGUUUUCGUAUGAUAGGUUGAUAAGUUUAUAGGAAUUACAAAUCUAGUGGAAGAGAAUUUCAAGACAAUUUAUUACCCUCCAGUUUUGAUGGCUAAAUGGGUGUAUACAAAUCUUUAUGGUGUUUGAUGAUCCCAGAGAGACAGACACUAUUUUGCAGUUGCAUUCCCACAAUUAUAUUCUCAUGGUUACUUCGGAAUGGUGGCUUGCUACGUGAGAGAAAAAAAAAUGCUGUACUUUACUGUUUGUUCGAUGAUCUUGAAUAAGACGAUCUGAAGAAUAUUGUUAAUGUCUCCGCCUGCUGGACGGUUGAGGAACAACAUGCAACGCCCCGCGCUCCAGCAGUGGCGGAAGGCAGAGGUGUAGAAAUAGUUCGUGUCAAUAAAUAAAUGCAAUUGU